AUGACGAACACUGGCACCUCUGGACUUUUCCUCCUCCUCCUCAGUAGUACUGUGUCUGGACUGGGCUCAGUGGUGGUGAGAAAUUACCAGUACAUCAACAAGUCUAAAACCUGGCAAGAGGCUCAAAGCUUCUGCAGGAGCGCAUUUUACACCGACUUGGCCACCAUAUACACGCAAUCAGAUGUAGACAGUUGGAACUUGAAGGGUUAUAAUGCAUGGAUCAGCCUCUACAGAAAUAGACCUGGCCUAUUCUGGUUAUGGACUGAUGGACGAAUUGAUGACCAAGUUUUCUGGGCAGACGACGAGCCACGAGCUGAUGAAAGUUGUGCUUACGUCAUUUACAACAGCAAACGGUUUUAUGGCGCCAAUUGUGCACGAUCUUUCUUCUUCUUCUGUAAGACGGGCAACAAUUCCAUAUUUAUACCACAGUCGAAGAUAUGGUCUGACGCCCAACAGUACUGCGAGGAUAAUUACGAUGGUCUGGCAACUCCCUACAGCUUGAUUAAAGUCAUUCCGAAUGACUUUCCAGUCUGGAUUGGUCUGCACAGAAAUGGGGAAACAUGGACGUGGGGCACAGGCUUGUCAGAGUACAGAAAUUGGACAUCAGGGGAGCCAGGGAACAACAGCGACUGUGUUUCCAUCUCCUCUUUGACAAAAGAGAUGGCCACCCAAAACUGCUCUGCCCAGUUUCCCUUUGUCUGCUUCAAGGACAACCUGGUCCUGGUAAAGGAGAACAAGACCUGGGAGGAGGCACUGGAAUACUGCCGAGCCCUCACGUCACCCUACCCAUACAACAGUGACCUGGUCAGCGUGCAGCCUGGAGAAGACCACAACGAUGUGAUGUACAGGGCCGCGGAGGCCGUCACUGAGAAGGUGUGGGUAGGCCUCCGAUUCCUGGCCGGUCAUUGGGUGUGGGUGAACGGGGCGGAUAUGUUGUACUCUGACCUGCCUGUCUGCCCCCUUGUGGGGCAGCACUGCGGAUCCUUAUCCGUGAAGGACAACGGCAGCGUGGAGACCACAGACUGUUUGGAGAAAAUGAAUUUCCUGUGUUACAGCACAUGGUAA